CUAUUAUUAUAAGUGUCUAAAAUACUCUUUAUACGGUAGUGAAAAUGAACCGGCUAUUUGGGAAGUCGAAACCAAAAGUGCCUCCUUCGACCCUGACGGAUUGUAUAAGCAAUGUUGAUAGUAGAUCGGAAUCAAUAGAUAAGAAGAUAUCAAGACUAGAUGCCGAACUGGUAAAAUAUAAGGAUCAAAUGAAAAAGAUGAGAGAAGGGCCAUCUAAGAACAUGGUAAAACAGAAAGCCUUGCGAGUGCUCAAGCAGAAGAGAAUGUAUGAACAGCAGAGAGAUAACCUAAACCAGCAGUCUUUUAACAUGGAACAAACUAAUUAUGCUAUCCAGUCAUUAAAGGACACAAAAACAACGGUGGAUGCAAUGAAAGUGGGGGCUAAGGAAAUGAAAAAGGCUUACAAGCAAGUCAAAAUUGAUCAGAUUGAGGACUUACAAGAUCAGUUGGAGGAUAUGAUGGAGAAUGCUAAUGAAAUUCAGGAAGCACUUAGUCGAAGUUAUGGAACACCAGAAAUUGAUGAAGAUGACCUUGAGGCUGAGCUGGAUGCACUAGGAGAUGAACUUUUGUUAGAUGACGACACCUCAUACUUAGAUGAAGCUGCCUCUGCACCAGCAAUCCCAGAAGGGGUUCCCAAUGACUCCAAAAAUAAGGAUGGAGUACUGGUUGAUGAAUUUGGUCUGCCACAGAUCCCGGCUACAUAAAUUUAUCUUGACAAAUGAAGGAUUUACAUAAAUAUCACUUUUUAUUUAAUAUUCGACUUUAUAUUUUGGUUUCUCUUAACAAUUAUUUAACAAAGGUACAUAUAUAAGACAAUUUUCUGUUUUGACAAUUUAGUCACUCUGUUUUACUCUGCAUCCCAAAAUUUCAUUCAUCCGCUUGACAUAAUUUUGCAAUGCCUUGUUUUGCAAAAGUUUGUUGCCCAUCUUGUUUGAUGUCUUGUAAUUUUUACUUGGUAUAAUGGGUUGGGGUGCUUUCUCAAUGUUCUUAAACUCCAAGUACAGGCAUGGGACCCCUUAUCCGGAAACCCGUUAUCCAGAAAGUUCUGAAUUAUGGAAAGGCCAUCUUCCACAGACUACAUUAUAAGCAAAUGAUUUUGAUUUUUGGAAAUUAUUUCCUUUUUCUCUGUAAUAAAUAAAUAAAACAGAACCUUGUAUUUGAUCCCAAUUAAGAUAUAAUUAAUCCUUAUUGGAGGCAAAACAAUCCUAUUGGAUUUAUUCAAUAUUUAAAUGAUUUUUAGCAGACUUAAGGUAUGGAGAUCGAAAUUGCGGAAAGAUCCCUUAUGUGGAAAACCACAGGUCCUGAGCAUUCUGGAUAACAGGUCCCAUACCUGUACUGUAUAUUUCAGGACCACCAUCUUCAUUUUCAUAAUUUCUUAAUAUACAAUGCAGUUGUGGAAUUUAGUUUUCAUAGGAACAGAUAUUAGCUACAGGUCCUAUAUUCUAAGUAGAUGAAUUUUACUUCUCCACCCAUUUUUUUUUUUUUCGUAAUGAAAGAAAAUAUAAUUCUAAGCAUUUGUUCAUUGCACACCAAGUAAAGAUUUUUCAGUGGUUUUAAAGUUUUCUAUAAAAGUAAUUACACAGUUGCAAGCAGUUUUUGUUUAUCCCUGUUUUAUGCCGUUCACCCUUAAAACUGUGCAACAGGAGUUAUGUCCCUUCUAGCUGACUUGCAAUACUGAUUCAGCAGUCAGAAGUGCAGACAAUUUAAACGGGCAGAUAUGUUGUUUUCACUAGCAAUACAUUUUCAAAUAUCUUUUGAAUGUAAUGUAUAUUGGAAAGACAUUCACUGUUCAUUCAUUUUUUAUUACAUUUACUACAUUUAUUCAGUUUUUGGGUGGAGAACUUAUUUAAUUUAAUUCCAGAAGUACAUUACUCGCUAUAACUAGUGCUUGUGAAUAUUUGAAAUUUCUUUUGAUAAAAGCAAAUCUUUUUAAAUUAUCCUGAACAUUAAGAGACAGAUUUUCUCUAAAUAUGUUUGUUCAUUUUAAAAACAUGAAACUGUUAAUAAAGAGAGAUUGCUGCCAAGCUG